AAUUCUUUUUAACGCUUAUUCUCAAUUUAUCAUUCCCUCUGCUCAAUUCUCUAUUCUCUUCAAUUAUCAAAUUAUAACACCAACUUAUUAAAUUUUUUUACCCGCCAAAAUAACCCAAACUUUUCAAGCUUCAACGUCACAAAAAUUUCAAAUUUUAACCUAAACCCAUAGCCCUCUCCGUCAUCCGUCGUCGUAUUAACCAUGGAGUCUUCUCCUGCAACUAAUAAUGUCAUCGACGUGGAUGAAGAAACCGUUUGUGUCGUUAAUAACGGUAAUAAUAAUGCUCAAUUGGAGAACGAGGUUAAAAAGAGGGAUUUAGAGAAUGGGGGAAGCGGAGAGGAAUUAGGGUUUCGGUUGGCGAAAAAGGCGAAAAGCGGAGGGGAAAUGCAGAGAGUGGCGGAGAUUGUUUUGGUGUUGUCGGCGAUGGCGGGGAUGAGAGGAGGGAAGAAUCCGACGGAAGCUGAGGUUGAAUUGAUGGAGGAAGCUAGGGCAAAGUUGGUGGAGAUUUGUACAGAUUUGAAACCGGGAGAUUUAGUUGCUAAUGGUGCAAUUCGGCGUGUUAUUGAUGAUUUAGGGCUUAAUUGGAAAGCUGCAGAUCAGAGAUUGGGUCAAUUUAGAGGACCUACUAGGGUUUCUAUUAAAGAUAGAGUCUCUGGUCUUAAAAAUAAGAUGGAAGAAUCUAAGAAAUUUACAGUACCGUCUGCUACAUAUACAUCUCAGAUGUCACAGCCAGGCUUUGGUACAGUGGCUGACAACCGUGGUCCGUCCCAUUCCAUUCGCAUGUUUCCAUCAGAUAAAUCCGUUGCUCCACCAUUAUCAUCUGGGGGGCCUCCUAAUUCUUCAGCUUCAGUGCAUGUUUCGACAGCAACUUCUGCAUCUGUAACUUAUUACCCAGUCACUGGUGAAGUGAGAGCAUCUACAGUUUCCGCAGGUCUACCCGGCAGUUAUCUAGGAAGGGAUACAUCCGCGUUCGCAGGUCCUAGAGUUGAAAAACCACUUUUUAAACCAGAGGGAGGAUCAAACGGGACUUCUUAUGCUCCGCAACUGCAAGUGAAUGCUUCUGCAAGUCAGCCAAUGAUGCAUUCUCAGCCAAAUCAACCCCGGUCUUUACAAUCUCAUCCUCUAUCAGCCAAAACUACACAUGAGGGAACUGCUAACAUGGGUACAUUACAGGCUGCUUCUCAAGCUGCAAGAGGUCAAGCAUUUAGACCAUUAGUUGCUCAAAGUCCAUCUGCAAUUUUGCCUAGUAUACAUCAACCUGUACAAGGUGUAAAGUUUGCUCAGCCACAAUCACAUGAAAUUGCUAAAAUUGUCCAGAAGUUGUUGCAACCAAAACUUCCUGAACAUCCCACAUGGACUCCACCUUCAAGAGAUUAUAUGAGUAAGCCUCUAGCUUGCGAAAUGUGCGAAGUUGCUGCCAACGAGGUGGAAACUGUGCUUAUUUGUGAUGCUUGUGAGAAAGGUUUUCACUUAAAAUGUCUAGAAGCUGCGAAUCAGAAAGGAAUGCCAAGAGGUGGUGAGUGGCAUUGUUUGAAAUGCUUGGCUUUAAGCAAUGGAAAGCCUUUGCCACCUAAAUAUGGGCGUGUCAUGAGGAGUAUAACUCCACCAAAAGGGCCUUCUACUUCAGCUGGAGCUCAGCCAUCUAAUCUGGCUGGAGUUCAGCAGUAUAUUCAAGCUGGACCUCAGCUGCAUAUUCCACCUGGAUCUCAGCCACCCAACUCAGCCGGACCUCAGCUAUCUAACCAAGUUGGACCUCAGCCAUCUAACCCAGCCGGACCUCAGCCAUCUAAUCUAGCCGGACCUCAGCCAUCUAAUCCAGACGGUUCGAAUCCAGCCGGACUUCAGCCAUCGAAUCCAGCUGGUAUUCAGCCAUCUAAUCUAGGUGGAUCACAGUUAUGUGAUCCAGCUGGAUUUCAGACAUUUGAUGGACUUGAAACUCAGCCAUCUUAUGUAUCCGGACAUCAACCAUCUAAACCUGCUGGACCCCAGCCAUCUAAUUCAGUGGGAGCUCGGCCAUCUAAUUCAGCUGGAUUUCAGCCAUCUAAUCUAGCUGGGGCUCAGCCAUUUAAUCCAGCUGGGGCUCAGCCAUCUAAUCCAGCUGGGGCUCAGCCAUCUAAUCCAGCUGGGGCUCAGCCAUCUAAUCCAGCUGGGGCUCAGCCAUCAUCAGAAGAGAAAAAAGAAAAUGUAGUUCAAGAGGUCAAUCAAGAGAAGUUAACAGAAAAUGGCAGCUCUUAUUUACACAGAUCUGCAUUGUCUAGUCCUAUGAGUGCCACAUGUGCAGCAUCUGAUUCAAUGACGCAUAGUCUAAGGGAAAUGACUUCGAAUAGUAUCACAUUGACUGUGAAAGGUAUGGAUCAAGGGAAGUGUGUUGGAAAUGAUCCAAAUAACAUGUCAAAGGGUGCUGUCUCUAAUUCUCCUUUUGUUAGUGCAAUAAGUGAUAGCUCAAUUCAGCUAAUGCAAGUAUCUGAAUCACGCGAACAGGAUGAGAGAUCAGUUUCUGAAUCAAAAUUACAGUCCCCUGCUAUUUUAUCUGAGAUAAUUAAGUCUGAAAUUUCCAUACCUUCCAACAUCUUACAAGAUACCGAACAAAGAGAACUGUCAAACACUGGUGAAGUUCCAAUGAAGACAAGUCAGGAUAAUUGUAUGGUUGAUGAGUUUGAGAGUGUUAGAGGCCAUAAAGAUUGUGCUUCAGCACCAGAUGUAAAGCAAUGUGAGCAUGAUGUAGCCCAUGGAAAUUCUGUUGGAAGUUCUGAAGCUAAUGAUGAGGCGAGAAAAAAUUCUGGCAUGUCUUCUAGUGGUGUCAGCAACGUUAAAUGGAACGGCAGUGCACUUAAAGCAGCAGAUGGAAAAACAUUUUAUGAGUCCUGUUCUGCUGGUGGAGUAACAUAUAAAGUGCAGGAUUAUGCUCUUUUUAAAUCUAGUCAUGAAAAACCGACACCCUCUAAGCUCCAGGCAAUGUGGGAAGAUAUUGAUACUGGAUUUAAGUGGGUUACUGUGCGUCAAUGCUACUUUCCAGCUGAUUUACCUGAGGCUGUUGGCCAUCCAUGUGCCCCUGAAAGCAAUGAGGUAUACUGUUCUAAUCAUGAGAACUGCAUAAAGGCUGACUUGAUUGAAGGUCCAUGUGAAGUCCUCCCCCCUACCAAGUACCAAGAAACCAGUGAAAGGCGGACCCAGUUAGAAACUGAGGGUAAAAAUGAAUCGCGGCCAGUCUUUUUAUGCAAAUGGUUUUAUGAUGAGUGCAAAGGAACUUUUCAACCUGUUUUCAGUUAGUCAUUCAUGCAUAUAUUUUGAUACACAUUGAAGUCUUAAGUUUUGGCAGUUUUAGGGUGCUUCCUUUGAUCAGAAAAAUACAGGAAAACCUGGAUCAAAUAGGGCCUGCAGAAACUGUGAUUUGUUAGAUUUGACACUCCGGUCUUGUACAAUACAUAGGCACUAGUUCAACUCUACAUUAUUUUAUUUAUUUGUCAAAUUUUUGUAGUGUACUGUGAAUAAUUAUUAGUAAAUUGUAGAUGUAGUGGUUCUUCUC